UUACCACUAAUCUUAUCCAAACAAUAUUUAGCUAAUAUCUAAACAAAGAAUCCAAAAAUUUAGGAAAAUAAUUCUAAUAAAAGAACAUUAAAAUAAUAUAUUAAACAAAAAUAAAGAAUAAAUUUUUUACCAAUUGGCUAAGAAUUAAUUUUUUUUUUUUUUAGCAUUGGUACUCUAUGAAAAUGAAGGGAAAAGUAAUUGGAUUAGUAGUAUCAAUAAUCAUUAUUAUUGGUGUAGCCAUUGGUCUUGUAUUUUGUGUACGUCAUGCAUAUAAUUCAAAUCACCAACAUAAAGAUCCUUUAGCUUCAACCUCAAAGGCAGUCCAUGCAAUAUGUAGCCCAACUGAUUACAAAGAAGUAUGUGUUCAUAGCCUUGGUUCCGUUUCCAAAAACAAUCAAAGUGCAACAUUAUAUGAUUACAUUCAAGCUGCAAUCAAGUCGAAUGUCGAUGCGAUUCGACAAAGUAUCGAUAAAUCACAGCUGAUUGGGAAAAACGCAAAGGACCCAUUAAAUAAAAUGAGUUUUGACGACUGUAAAGAACUGUUAGAGCUUUCAAUAAACGAAUUACAUAUCGUUUUAAAUCAUACAAACGAUUCAAAUUUUUCAACGUUAAAGGAAAUGGAACACGAGAUUAAGAAUUGGUUAAGUGCUACUAUUUCGUACCAACAAUCAUGUAUAGACGGCAUUGAGAAAUUGAAUUUAAAGGAAGAAAUGAGUAAAGGACUUGAUCUUGCAUCUAAAUUGAGUAGUAAUAUGCUUGCUAUAAUGAGUGAAAUUGAUACAAUUUUAAGUAGUUUUGGGAUUGAAACAAAUGUUACUAUAAAUAGUAAACAAAAUUUGCAAAAAGAUGGUUAUCCAUUAUGGGUUACUAAAUAUAGAAAGUUAUUAGGAAGGAUUAAUACUAAUAAUCCUAUGCCUAAUGUAAUAGUUGCCCAAGAUGGAAGUGGACAAUAUAAGACAAUUUCUGAUGCAAUAAAAGCUUAUCCAAAGAAUUUAAAAGGAAGAUAUGUUAUUUAUGUCAAAGCUGGAAUAUAUAAUGAGCAAGUUUUAAUUAAUAAAGAUCAAAUUAAUAUUUUUAUGUAUGGAGAUGGACCUCGAAAGACUAUUGUUACAGGAAGAAAGAGUAAUCGUGAUGGUGUUAGCACUUAUCAAAGUGCUUCUUUUGCUGUUAUUGGAAAUGGAUUCAUUGCAAAGGCGAUGGGUUUUCAGAACACAGCAGGUCCAGAAGGACACCAAGCAGUAGCACUUAGAGUACAAGCAGAUAUGUCCGCAUUCUACAACUGCAGAAUGGAUGGAAACCAAGAUACCCUCUACGCACAAGCACAUCGUCAAUUUUACCGUAAUUGUGUCAUUUCCGGCACAGUCGAUUUCAUUUUCGGCGAUGCCAAUGUAAUCAUCCAAAAUUCACUAAUAAUCGUACGUAAACCAAUGGACAAUCAACAAAACACCGUAACUGCACAAGGCAAAAAGGAUCCUCGUGAAACCACAGGAAUCGUUAUACACAAUUGUAGGAUUGUGCCCGAACAGAAAUUAUACCCUGUUCGAUUUCAAAUUCCUACGUUUUUAGGUCGACCUUGGAAGGAAUAUUCAACGACGAUGAUAAUGCAAUCAACACUUGCUGAUUUUAUUCAACCGGCGGGGUGGAUGCCUUGGGCCGGUACAUUUGCUUUAGAUACAUUGAAUUAUGGGGAGUUUGGUAAUAGAGGCCCCGGUGCUGAUACUUCUAGGAGGGUAAGAUGGAAGGGUUAUCAUGUUGUUACUAAUAGGGAUGAGGCUAUGAGAUUUACUAUUGGUCCUUUUAUUCAAGGGCAAAAUUGGCUUCCUCUUUCUAGUAUGCCAUAUCUUGUUGGUUUAAAAAAUUAAGCUAACAUGAUGUAUGUAAUUAUGUGUAUAAUCUAUAUUUCUCAUGAAACUUAAGAUGCUUGCUUUUUUGUAUUCUUUUUCUU